AUGCAACUCAGCAAAUAUUUGCUACUCCUCUUCCCUGGCAUAUCCAUUGCCGAGGGGCUUGACCCCAGCGCCAAGCAGGAGGGCUUUUUGAAGCUGGAGAAGAGAAAGGGCUGUAGUGGCAACCGACUGAACAGGGAUGAAUGUCAGGGCAAUAGGAUCAGGGCAUUCAACUCGUUCCACAACUGCCAAUCUGCUGGUGGUCACUGUUGUGCUCUAGAAAAGACACGUGAAUAUGGACUGGAUGUGAGAAAGGGGCUUGGCCGGGAGGAUUGCGGAUACUGCUACACAGGCUACUGUAAGUCUGUUUGA